GUUUACCAAAAAAUAUACAAAAGAGACGCUGGUACAAAAUUGCAUGAGAUUUAACUAUUAUAAUACAAGAAUUAUUCGAAAAUGUGUGAGAGUAUUAAAACAUUUCUGUUUUUAGCUUCGUUGGUACUUUAUUUCACUGUUUUUCUUUCCUUUAAAUCGACCGAUCUGCAAGUGGAUAAUACGAAUUUAGUAGCAGUUGCUGUGGUACAGCGCCAUGGAGAUAGAGCACCUUCAACAUCAUAUCCACUGGAUGAAAACUUUAAUAAGAAUUUCUGGCAUAUGGGUUUUGGACAACUAACAAAGAAGGGAAUCAAACGGAUGUACGGGCUUGGCCAAUGGUACCGUCAAAGAUACAAAAAUUUCCUUAGUGAAACCUAUUCUAAAGAUGAGAUUUACAUCCAUUCUUCCAAUAUUGAUCGCUGUUUAAUGUCAAUAACCACACUUCUAGCCGGUCUUUAUCCUCCCAAAGGAUAUCAGUUGUGGAAUGAACAACUAGAAUGGCAACCUAUUCCCGUCCACACUGAAAGUAUAUAUGUUGACCAGAUCAUUACCGAAAAUAGAGAAUGCAAGAAAUUUGAUCAACUUUCAGCUGAAUAUCAACUAACAGAGAUAUUACCUCUUGAAAAAAAUUACACAGAACUUCUCGAAUUGAUUUCCAGAAAAACAGGAUGGGCCUCAACAACUUUUGCUGAAGUAGCCACACUGUAUAAUGAAGUUUUAUCUACUUAUAAAUCGUUUAAUCCGUCAGUUUUGCCAGAUUGGUUAAGUGAACUUGACAUGAACGCCAUGGAAUAUAUAUCAGUUUUGCUGUAUGGUGGUUCUAUUGGUGGAACUCAAGACAUAAUAAGGUUACGUAUUGGUUGCCUCUACCAUUACCUCUUCCAGUACUUUGACAGUUUCUUUGAUUCAUCAUUAACUCGUAGACCUAAAUUUCUUUUGAUAAGCGCACAUGACCUGACGGUCUUACCGCUACUAAAAUCAAUGGCGGCAUUUAAGAAACUCGUCAAGUUUGGAGAAGCUAUCAUUUGGGAACUCAGACAACAAACUGAUGGCAGCUUUUUCAUUAACGUAUUUCAUAGAAAACAAGAUGAUUUACAGCAGUUGGAUAUUUUAGAGUAUGGUUUUAAUUGCAAUUAUUCUGAAUAUAGGAAAACAUUUAAAAAAUUCUGUCUAGAUCCUAAGGAUUGGGAAAUUGAAUGUAAUAGUUAGCAAUAUUACAGAGUGUGUAAUAAUAUAAUAAAAAACAUUUUGCGAGUUAAAAAUUUAUUUAUAUAAGAAUUUACCUUUGAUAUAUGUAUGUCAUUAGAAAUUCA